UUGCGUAACAACCGAUCAAACAAACGGUUUGCGGCAAAGGUCAUCGGGUCCCAUAGAUUCUCUCCAACUACAGCCCAUUUCGCAUUCACUCUCCACCGCCGCUAAUUUUCUACAUUCCAUAAAUGUCGAGGUUCCUAUCGAGCCGGCGGGUCCAAAUCGAGUCUGCUAGCUACGACGAUGACAAUGGCCGCGCCCCUGAAACCCUAGAUAACGACGGCUCUGAUGGAAGUGGUAGCAUGAAACUGUGGCCUUCUGAUAGCAACGUGACGGAGGAUCAAGAGCCCUUUAUGGGAGUCAAAGUCCGGAGAAAAGCCUCUCGCCUUCGAGAUUAUUUGGGUGAUUAUAUCGAUGUGCCAUCCAGACCCUACCUCAUGAGAAUUCUAGAAAAACAAGGUGAUAAAAAAGUUCUCUUUGCGGAUAAAGUUUUAAAAUUCACUAGCUCAGGGAAGAUGAAACGCCGGAUACUUCUAAUAACUGAUUUUGCCAUCUACAUUGUGGACCCAGACACCGAUGCACUCAAAAGAAGGAUUGCCCUGGCAGCUGUUGAGAAGCUUUGUUUGAGUGAACUAAGUGACAAUUUCUUUUCCAUUAUUAUUCCCACUGAAUAUGAUCUACUCAUGGCUAGUACCCGAAAGACUGAAAUUGUAACUGUCUUAGUAGAUGCUACCAAGAGUGCAUCAGACUAUGAACUUGAGGUAUCUCUGUCUAACAGAUUCGAGUAUCAUGCAGGUGCUGACAUAGUGAAGGAAAUUCAAUUUGAGGAAGUUGAAGGUGGUGUCAAAACAAGAAUCAUACGGAAAUGAGUAGCUUGUUAGUCUGGUUUUCCAUAUGUAACGGAGAGUAAGUUUGUCCAUUGCUGAAGAAUUGUGCUUGCUAUUACAGGAGUUGGCUUAAUAAUAGUAUUGAUUGGUUUUUGUUCUUACUGCCCUCAAUUCUUAUUCUGGUUUCUGCCAGGACUCCAGAAACUAUUAAUUGUUAUUUUUUUACAGUAAAAAAAUCUGAAAUCAUUGUACAAUUUGUGAUUAUUGUGAAAAAAAUUUCCGCUGUAUAUUGUGAAUU